UGGAUGAUGUACUGGAUUGUCUUUGCACUCUUCAUGGCCACAGAGACCUUCACUGACCUGCUCAUCUCCUGGUUCCCCUUCUACUACGAGGUGAAGAUGGCCUUUGUGAUCUGGCUGCUGUCCCCCUACACACGUGGGGCCAGCCUGCUCUACCGCAAGUUCGUGCACCCCACGUUGUCCCGCAGGGAGAAGGACAUCGACACGUUCCUGGUUCGCUCCCGUGAGCGUGGCUACGAGACAAUGCUGCACUUUGGCAAGAGAGGCCUCACCAUGGCGGCCACAGCUGCAGCCCAGGCAGCUGCCAAGAGCCAGGGUGCGUUGGCCGGACGUCUCCGCAGCUUCAGCAUGCAGGACCUGCGCUCCAUCCGCAACGAGGCUCCCGUGCACUACCAGGACCCGCUGUACCUGGAGGAGCGAGAGUCGCCACCAGCUGAUGGGUGAGCUGGGGGAGUCUCAGCAAGUGAGACAGAUGAUGAGGAGAUGUGGUCAGACUCUCAGGUGUCUCCUCAGUCUUCCCCCCGCCGGGAGCACAAACCCCUGUCCCGCAGCCAGAGCCUGCACUCCCUGAGGAAGACUCCGAGAAAAGAGGGCUCUUCCCGGCUCCUGUGCAGUCACAUCAGGAGGAAAAUGGUUCCGUCGGAGCAGGACAGCUAA